AUGGGUGUUUUCGUGCUCGGCGGCACACGGUGCCGGGAGGGGGCGGGGGGGGGGUCAUUAGUCUUGUCCUGCUGGAGGGGACGUGCUGUCCCCGGAUCCCGCUCCCGGCUGGCAGCAGGGAGCUGUGCCCACACGACCUUGUCAGACGUCACCCCGAAGAAGCCCGUGUUUACAAAGCGCUUCUUCUGGAGGAUUACAAAUAAAACCCCGUGUCCGAGCGGGGAAUGUACCCUUGUCCCUCCCAGGAACGGGCUGUCACCUGAACAGCCGCCAGCACAGCCCCAUCCAGCAGUGCUCAGAGACCCGGGCGGUACCAGUGAUGGUUGUGAAGGGGCAUUGCCCCGACGCCUGUGCAAAGGCACCUUCAAACUUCUCUUUUCUUACCAAACUUUGUGGUUUGGAUUUAUUCCAGGCUCCACUAAUGGCUGCGAGAGAACUUCAUUUGCGUUUUUGCGCCAAGAGCUCCCCGUGAGGUUUGCAAACAUCCUGAAAGAGAUUGAUCUUCUUCCCGAUAAAUUACUAGGAACUCCAUCAGUCCAAUUAGUAAAAAGCUGGUACAUCCAAAGCCUAAUGGAGCUUGUCGAGUUCCAUCAGAAAAGCCCAGAUGACCAAAAAGUCUUAUCUGAUUUUAUAGAUACAUUAAUUAGAGUCCGAAACAGACACCAUGAUGUGGUUCCUACAAUGGCACAAGGAGUAAUCGAAUACAAGGACACUUUUAAAGUAGACCCUGUCACCAAUCAAAACAUUCAGUAUUUCCUGGAUCGUUUUUACAUGAGCCGUAUUUCCACCCGGAUGCUAAUGAACCAGCACACUCUUCUUUUUGAUGAUAAAUCUGGCUCAGGACACCCAAGGCACAUUGGGAGUAUUGAUCCUUGCUGUGAUGUCGUUGAAGUGGUGAAUGAUGCUUUUGAGAGUUCCAAGAUGUUGUGUGACCAGUAUUACUUAACGUCUCCAGAACUGAAGCUUACCCAAGUGAAUGGAAAACAUCCAGGAGAGCCAAUUAACAUCGUAUACGUUCCAUCUCAUCUCUUUCACAUGCUCUUUGAGCUCUUUAAGAAUUCAAUGAGGGCAACUGUUGAGUUCCAAGAAAACAGCCCUUCCCUUUCUCCAGUUGAAGUGACAGUUGUUCUGGGACAAGAAGACCUGGCAAUUAAGAUCUCGGACAGAGGAGGUGGUGUUCCUGUCAGGAAAAUCGAGCAGCUCUUCAGCUACAUGUACUCCACGGCCCCGCGGCCCAGGAUGGACGACGGCCGAAACACCCCUCUGGCUGGCUUUGGGUAUGGCUUGCCAAUUUCUCGCCUGUAUGCUAAAUACUUUCAAGGAGAUCUAAACCUCUACUCCAUAUGUGGUUAUGGAACAGAUGCUAUUAUCUACUUGAAGGCCCUAUCAACAGAAUCAGUAGAAAAGCUCCCAGUUUUUAACAAAUCAGCUUCCAAGCAUUACCAGGCUACCUCAGAAGCAGAUGACUGGUGUGUCCCCAGUAAAGGCCCAAAGGACGUGUCGAAGCAGAGCGCGGCUGUCUGAAGAGAAGUUGGUAUCCAGGGACCCAAGGGGAUCAAGCUGGCUUCUCAAAAAAAAGAAAACAAAACAAAAAAAAAGACUGGUAUUUGGAAGGAUUCCUCUACCUCCAAACAAGCAAGUUUCAGGACUGGCAGAAGAGGAAGAAGAUGAGGAUGUUAUAGCCCAGGCUGUACACACCGAAUGGGAAACCUUGCUGUGGACUUCAGGGUGAGGAAAAUAGGAGCACAUAUGUCUUUAAAGGAGAGGUGUGGAUAGAGGAAAAUCACACUAUUUUUUUUCUUCUGAUCAAAGACUUGAUGUGGUAGAAGUGUGCGAUUUUUGAGUCCUGUUUAACGCUUGAAUUCUGAAUACUGGUAAAUGUCAGUUACGUUGGUGUAUAUUUUUCUGCUAGACUAGUUAUCAGCUGUUCAUCUUCUUACAGAACCUCUCAGGUAGAUAGAUAACGUCUGUACUUUGAAGCUGUAUUUAUAACAUUUGGAAAAAAUCCAUUUACCUUGCUACAAGACUGCCAUGUUAUGAACAGCGUUCAGAUACAGCCUGACUGGAAGGGAGGGAGAAAGUGUUUUCUAUGUAUAAGGAAGCCCCAUUUAAAAAAAAAAAAGUAUUCCAGUAAUAAUUCUUAUGUGAUGCCUUGCUCUGGGUUACAUUGCUAGAUUUUUAUAUUAAGCUGUUCAUGGAAAAACUAGCGAAGUGAGGCUAUACAUACGGUAACUAAGAAGGAAAUCAGGAUAUUUUAGAAAGCUACUGGAAAGCAAUGGAAAACUACUUGGUUACAGCAGCUGUAAGGUUGGGCUACAUCUACCUUAUGUCCCUGCACUCCAGAAAGCAUAUGCCCAGUCAGUGAGUGAGGAUCUUCCAAGCACUGAAGUCAGACAUGCAAGUUGAAUGGAAAGGUUUUGGUGAUACGUAGUGUGUAAGCAUGAUGUGAGGAACAACAGCAUGUUUGAAACAUGGUCUUGUGGUUCCUCUUUGUCAUGCUGUUAGAAGAAGAGUGGCUCAGGACACUUAAACCAGAACCUGUCACUUGGUCACAUUUGUACUGGACCACACUAACUCCAAGAGGUAUGUGGGGGUUUGGCACCUGGAAAGCUGUGAUGAGCAACUGAAGGUCUUCAGGAAAGGUAUUUAGGAAGAGCGAUGUUGGAACUAGGAUUUUGUUCUAAGACCUGUUCAUUGCAAUGGGAGGGGCUUAGGAAAUGAGAAGUCUCAAAAUCUGAACAGCAUCAAAAAAUACAGAAUAACUUUCAUGAGCAGCAAAAUAAUGAGGAAUUGUCACAGGAACAGUGCCAGUGGGAAGGAGCUGUCAGGAAAAUACUCCAUUCCCAAUCUUUCCCAUCUUCUUUGUGCAUUUUCCCCCUUGUAAGCAAGGUACACUUAAUGUCAAAAUAGAAGUUAAACUAUUGGACAUGGCCAGACUGGCCAAAGUUCAUCAGGGCUGUAUAAUAUUACUUGAACUUUUUUAUUCAUUAGCAUUUUAUCUUAAGUGUAUAUGGUCUUUUGCAAGAAGUUGCAAGUACAGUAUUUAAAGCAUCCUGCUCAGUCAUAGGAGUUUUCUCGGGCAGAUCUAUAUUUGUUGAAAAACAAAAAAAAAAAAGCCACUCCGUACUCUACUGUGAA